CUCAUCGCAGCAUUGAUCUCUCUCAUCCGUUGUCGCCAAAUAGUUGCCAGUAUCAAUGGCGCCGUCAAAUCCGCUGGCGAACUGGGAGAGGUUGGGGGAUAGUUUCUAUAGAAAGGUCCCUAUCUACGACGCAGUCUUUGAUGAAGGUGUCGAAUUAGAGAACUACAUCGUUGCCGGCGCUCCAUACGGAGGGGCCCUAGCUUUGCAUCGGGAUGACAGCAAGCCGUACAGGUUCCGCGAUGCUCAGACCGCCAAGUCAAGCAUUGAUAUUUACUCAUCCUCUGGAAAGCUGAUUAAUCGACUCAAUUGGGAGCAUGGCACUAUUCGAGGGCUCGGCUGGUCCGACAAGGAAGAGUUGCUGGUAAUCACGGAAGACGGCACCGUGCGACGGUAUUUCGGACUGUAUGGAGAUUUCACUUCGUUCUCCUUGGGCAACGGAGCUGAAGAAUAUGGUGUCAGAGCUUGUCGCUUUUGGACUUCCGGCUUCGUUGCGUUGCUUUCGAAUAAUCAGCUAGUGGCUGUGUCCAACUAUGACGAGCCUCGUCCGAAGCUUCUCGCUCAUUGCCCUGAAGGGGAAGUCUCCUCGUGGUCUUUGAUUCCGCCCGCUUAUACAUUGUCGCGCUCGGUUGAGGUGCUCCUUGCUGUUGACAAAACUGUCUAUUUGGUUGACCCUACUGAAGCAGAGGAUAAAGUGCUUCAGAACGGACCUUUCAAGCAUGCUAGCGUGUCUCCAACGGGAAGAUUCGUGACCCUCAUUACGGCUGAAGGUACAGUAUGGGUAGUAAGCAGUGACUUUCAAAGCAAAUACAGCGAAUAUGACCCAGAAUCUCGGGUGACUCCCCGGACGGUAGAUUGGUGUGGUGAUGACGCUGCUGUCAUCGCGUGGGAGGAUGAAGUGCAUCUGAUUGGUCCCAACGGUGUUGCUACCCGCUACUACUAUGACGGCACUGUUCACGUCGUACCCGAAUUCGAUGGGGUGCGUUUGAUCACGAAUGAUACAUGCGAGUUCUUGCAUAAGGUUACAGAUGUAACGGAGGCAAUCUUCCGCCUUGGGUCUACCUCUCCCGCCUCAGUCCUACUAGACUCCAUAGACUUGCUGGAAAAGAAGUCCCCCAAGGCUGAUGAAAACAUUCAGCGGAUCCGAUCGAGUUUGCCAGAGGCUGUUGACACUUGCGUUAGGGCUGCAGGCCACGAGUUCGAUACCUAUUGGCAGAAGAGAUUAUUAAAAGCCGCGUCAUUCGGCAAAUCCGUUCUAGAUCUGUACAACAGUGACGAUUUCGUGGAAAUGACCGAAAAACUUCGAGUGCUCAAGGCAGUUAGAGACUACCAGAUUGGGCUCCCUAUAUCAUAUGAUCAGUACAUGCGGCUAACCCCGGAGAAGCUCAUCGAACGCUUGGUGAACAGACACGAGUAUCUACUGGCCAUUAAAAUCUCGGAAUAUCUUCAGAUUCCUGCUGACAGGAUCUACGUUCAUUGGGCAAGCCAGAAGGUCAAGGUUUCAACCGUCGACGAUGAGGCUGUUUGUAAGCUCAUCGUGCAAAGGCUGGAUGGCAAGCCAGGCAUAUCGUUUGAAUUGAUCGCACAAGCCGCUUAUGAUGAGGGGCGUGCUCACCUAGCCACCCAGCUGCUGAACCACGAGCCGCGGGCCGGCAAACAGGUUCCAUUACUGCUCAACAUGGAAGAAGAUGAAAUUGCGCUUGACAAGGCCAUUGAAAGUGGAGACAAUGACCUAGUGAACUAUGUCCUUCUACGUCUCAAGAGCAAGCUUCCACUGGCCAGUUUUUUCAGAAUGAUCAAUACUCGACCUAUGGCCUCCGCCCUUGUGGAAACGACUGCUCGAGGCGACGAUACCGAACUACUGAAAGAUCUCUACUAUCAAGAUGACCGCCCGAUCGACGGCUCGAACGUCCUUCUUUCAGAGGCAUUGAAUGAGACAGAGUUGGCGCGCAAAACCGAGAAGGUGCAUCUUGCCUCUCGAUUACUGGCCGACUCUAAAGACGCGACAGUAGUCCUGCAACAGAAACUACUAUCUGAAGCGUCGCAGCUACUAAAAGUUCAGGAGGCCUUAGACAAGGACAUUGCAGACCGAGCUGAAUUUGUGGGUCUAAGCUUAAACGAGACCAUUUACAGACUGAUCAGAUCGGGCUACGGGAAGAGAGCACAAAAGCUUCAAAGCGAGUUCAAGAUGCCGGAUAAGACAUAUUGGUGGUUAAGAUUAAGAGCUUUAGUUGCCAAACGAGACUGGGGUGAGUUGGAGGAGAUCGGCAGGAACAAGAAAUCCCCCAUCGGAUGGGAGCCUUUUUAUAAUGAGAUACUGGGUGCUGGAAACACAAAGCUCGCUUCAUUAUUCGUCCCGAAAUGCACCAAUCUAUCGGUUGAGGACAAGGUCGAGAUGUGGAUAAAAUGUGGAAUGAUCGUGAAAGCCGGAGAGGAAGCCUUCAAGGCCAAAGACUUUAAUACCCUGGAGCUCCUCCGGACGAGAGCGUCAGGACCAGCUGUCACUGAAAUUGAUCGAAUGAUCAACCAGCUCAGACCCAGGAAAUAGUCGACGUGACCAGUCCGGUAUCUCCUUUACACUGUCGCUGCCACAUCUCAGCUAAUAUCGUCGUCCACGUCAAUACUUGCGUGCUCCUCAGCCACAGAAUUUCGAGCCACGUAAAUUGGUUGCGACUGCGUCUUUGCCUUUUUAGACGGCACGGAAGCAUCAACCAUAGCGUCAUCGUCGUCAUUAUCUUCGGCCUCGUCAUUGAGGUUCUGAAACAGGGUUGUCGUCGACUUGCGAUUCAGGUCUUCCCAGUCGCCCUAACAUUUCGCAUUGUCAGCUUUGGCGUGAUAAUCCAAACAUAACUGUGUCGCUCAUACCCUACGCGAUUUCACAAUUUUUGCCCGGCCGACACUCUUCUCCACUUUUUUAUCCAGUUGACCCAAGAUAUUCUCUGCUCUUUCGAUACCUUUCUGCUGCCUGAGACGCUGCGCCCUUGUCAUGGCCUUAGGCUUCGAUUGCUUUUUUAUCACACCAGCAUUUGCGCGAUCUGAGAGGAUAGUUUCACGCUGUAUCUCUGUUUGUUGGGCGCGGGGGAGAGAGGUCAAAGACUUGUCAACGUCGAGACUUGGCGAUGCCGCCCGCCGGGCAGCACGAGAGUGCUUGGACUGGACUAUAGAUGUUGAUUAAUUUCUGAAUCCCAUUUUCUCUUGCACAACUUCCUUACCUCUUGCUUUAGCCAUUGUGAUGCAGACUGGAG